UCCAUCCUCUUCUUCUUCUUCCUCCUUCCUCCCUCUUCCGUCUUUCUUCAUUCGCCGUCGUCGUCGCCGCCGCUUGCGAUGGGACGCGUGAUCAGAGCCCAGAGGAAGGGUGCGGGUUCGGUGUUCCGUUCCCACACCCACCACCGGAAGGGUGCGGCGAGGCUCCGGUCGCUCGACUUUGGGGAGAGAAAUGGGUACCUCAAGGGGACGGUGACGGAGAUCGUGCAUGACCCUGGGAGAGGUGCGCCGCUCGCUCGGGUGACCUUCCGCCACCCUUUCCGCUACAAGCAUCAAAAGGAGCUCUUCGUUGCCGCUGAGGGUAUGUACACCGGCCAGUUCGUCUACUGCGGCAAAAAGGCUACCCUUUCCGUCGGCAACGUCCUCCCUCUCAGAUCCAUUCCCGAGGGAGCUGUCGUCUGCAACGUCGAGCACCACGUCGGUGACCGCGGCGUCUUCGCUCGCGCCUCCGGCGACUAUGCCGUCGUCAUCUCCCACAACCCCGACAACGGCACAACCAGGGUUAAGCUUCCGUCUGGUGCCAAGAAGAUUGUCCCAAGUGGUUGCAGAGCCAUGAUCGGCCAGGUUGCUGGUGGCGGUAGGACAGAAAAACCAAUGCUCAAGGCAGGUAACGCCUAUCACAAAUACCGGGUUAAGAGGAACUGCUGGCCUAAGGUGCGUGGUGUUGCUAUGAAUCCUGUUGAGCAUCCCCAUGGUGGUGGUAACCAUCAACACAUUGGGCAUGCCAGCACGGUUCGUCGUGAUGCCCCUCCUGGCCAAAAAGUUGGUCUCAUUGCUGCAAGAAGGACUGGUCGUCUCAGGGGACAAGCUGCUGCUACUGCUGCAAAGGCAGAGAAGAGUGCUUAGGAUCUAUUUCUGAUUUUCCUUUUUCUUUAUUUUGUUGUUCUUACAGACUUUAAAAUUUACUCGUUCUUCUAUUGGGGAUUCUGUAGUUUUGUUCUUGAUUACCACUCUUUGUGGAGUGGGUCAUAUGUUCUGCCUUCUGUUAGAACAUUGUGGAGUUUUCUUUUUAUGCUGGAUUAGUUCUGAAUUUUACAA